CAAAUUUUUUUUUAGCAUUCUUUCGGUAUCAUUGCACGAAUCCAACAAACCCAAAGCCAUCGGACCGAACAAGUAUCAUGGCUGCGCGCUUGUUGUCGACGACCCUUUUCCGGCCACCGACCCAUCUCCCCAAAUCGACGGCCGAGCAAUCUCCGGCGUUCCUGGCGAGGCGCCGGCGGUUGAAGUACAGAGCGCAGAGUGAUGGCUCUCAGGGUUCUUCGGUUGAUGGAACCGUUUAUCAAGGCGUUUAUGGUCCAUGGACCAUUGAGCCCUCCGACGUUAGAGAGGUGAUUCUGUACAGAUCAGGACUGGUGACUGCUGCUGCAUCGUUUGUAGCUGCUUCUUCAUCUGCCUUUCUACCUGAAAACUCUUCCUUGAGUGAAGUGAUCAAGCAAAAUCAUGACUUUCUUUGCCUGGCUGGAGCCAGUGGGUUGGGUCUGUCAUUGUUUCUGAUUCAUAUAUACGUGACCGAGAUCAAGAGGACUCUUCAGGCAUUUUGGGCACUCGGGUUUAUCGGUUCUUUCGCAACGUACACAAUGCUUGCAAGACCAGCUGGUUAUAGCUUGGUACAGUAUGUCGUUGAUAACCCGACGGCCGUUUGGUUUGUCGGUCCCCUUUUCGCCGCCCUUACAGGGCUCGUCUUCAAAGAAGGCCUCUGCUACGGGAAACUUGAAGCCGGUAUUCUUACAUUCAUCAUACCUGCAGUUCUUCUCGGCCAUCUGACGGGUUUAAUGGACGACGGGGUAAAGCUCGGCUUGCUAGGAACCUGGAUGGCUCUCUUUGUGGUGUUUUCCGGGCGAAAAUUCACGCAGCCCGUUAAGGAUGAUAUCGGAGACAAGUCUGUUUUCACGUUCAAUUCCCUUUCCGAGGAUGAGAAAAACGCCGUGGUGAAAAAGCUUGAGCAGGAGAAGUACAGCUAAGAGUUUGAAUCCUGAAAGAGACUGCACCGAGGAGGAGAAUGAUGCGGCGUUCACUCGGGCGAGCUUCUCGGGCGUUUUCAAGAAUGGAAUCGGGAUAUCGACCACGAAGAAGGUCUCGGGGUUUCGAAAGAAUCUCCGAGCUCGUAUAUGAUUAGAGGUGGAUUAGUUCAUUGCUUAAUGUAUUAGAGAUUCAUGUAAAGAUAUGUGAUGUAUAGUGUAUGGUGAAGCUAAGUAGUUUUUUGAUGAAACCAAUCCAUAUUUAGGGUUUGUAGGGGUAAUUUUUACCCAUAUUUAGGGUUUGUAGGGGUAAUUUUUACACAAAAAAAUACUUAUAUUCUAUA